CAGAGCUAUAAAAGACCCCCAGACACCUUGAAGCAGCAUCAGCUUUGAAGAAUUAAUUCACGUUUCCUAUUUCUGACAACCACCAUGCUCCGACAAAUCCUCCUCGCCUUUUUACUCAUAGGCACAGCUUGUGCAAUGCACCUGGAAUACCUGAAAGUGGAUUCUGAUGAGGAGCAGCUUGAUGAUGAGAGUUUGGCUGUUGAUCAGGCUGAGGAUUUGCCUAUGCCUAGGGCAAUGCUCCCAGGUAAAUGCUGGGCAUGUAAGUGGGCCGUGAAGAAAGUGAAAAAACACCUCGGUGACAACGCAAAGGCGGAAGAGAUCAAACAGAAAUUGCUCAAAGUCUGCGAUGCUAUUGGCCUCCUGAAGAAUUUGUGUAAGAAAAUGAUUGAAAAAUCCCUCGGCGUUUUGAUUGAGGAGCUCUCUACUUCUGAUGAUCCAGCAACUGUCUGUGCUAACAUUGGCGCUUGCAAAUCGAAACCCAUGCUGAAACUCAUCCAAGCUUUUCCAGAAGUCCUAGAGAAGCUCUGAACUUCAUCAUGAGAACUGCAUUAUGUAAUAAUAGUGAAAUUAAAAUAAUGCAGUCAACUGUUCUUUGUUUUCCUUAUCAUUUCUUCAUUAAAGGAACCUGCAACUUUAAAGUUUGUCUUACUGAAUGUCUUACAGAGCAACUGUUUGAUAUUUAAGUAGUCUUUCUUUGAGAAGUCUGAAAAUCUAGCACUUGGGACAAAGCUCUUAUCUCAGCCUGAUGUAUAGUAAAGAAAUGUUCAUAUAAGCUGAACAUAAAUAAAGAGGCAUGAAGCAUAUUUCA